CUGGCAGGAAACCCGAGUACUACUCAUUAGUCUAUUUUCGGUAUGGUGCAAAAUCUUGGGGAGAUCUCGAUGGCCUGCGUCUCUUCCGUAAGAAUGAAUAUUCUCCUUCGUACUAUAUCGGAUGCAAACGAAACGGCACGUGGGAACCAUUGGUGGACCCUUAUUCCAAAACCGACUUCUUGAAGGUAGAGGUCAAGCGGUUCCACAAGGCUUAUACUGCGGCUUCAGUUCGAUAUUACAUUCGGUGGGCGCAGAGAGCUGGAGAGAUUCUUGGUCGCCACGAAGCUCGAAGAAGGUCGAAAAGUGGCAAAGAAAUCACCGGAUGUCAUGCGAAAGAUGUUCAAUCACGAACCGGCGGAAGAACAUAUCAGCCGAGACAAUAUCGAUGAAUUGGAAGCGAAAGAAGCACGUCGUUCACCCUCUCCGGAUUCUGAGCGAGGGCAACUUGGCGGACGCGGGGCACACGAGGAAGAAAUCGCUGGACAAGGGAACAGGAAGCUCGCCCAUUCAUUGAGGAGCAGGCCACGCGAGUCUACGGAGUAUUCUCGAUACUUUGGUUCCCGGAGAAAAUUGACGCCUGAUGACAUGCCCGACGAGCCCCUUGUAAACGAUACUCCUGUGCGACGGAGUACCCGCCGAGCGCCUGCGAUACGGUACGAAAUUGACGAACCCCCUGCUAAGGUAGCCCCUGGAUGGUGGGAGGUUCACGGCCCUCCGAAAUGGAGCUCUCCUGUUGUAUAUCCGGAAACGGGGAAGCGGCGUGCCCAAGUUGCGAUUGAAGACUUGCAGCGCUUGGAUCCCGAGGAGUUCCUCAACGACAGUCUGAUUGACUUCUACAUGCUGUACCUCCGCCUUCAGAGCGAAGAGAAGGGAUUGCGCGAGCAGUCAAUCUAUGUCUUCAACGCCUUGUUCUACACCGCCCUGACCAAAGUGUCUCCAGGACAGAGGGGGGUCAAUUAUUCAGCCGUGCAACGUUGGACGGCGAAAGAGAACCUGUUCAAUUACGAGUACGUGGUCAUUCCGAUCAACGAAAAUUCGCAUUGGUACCUUGCGAUCAUUUACAAUUUGCCUGCGCUGUUGAAGCAGGCCAGCCCGGAACGGGAGGAACCGGCAGUUCCCAUUGUGGAUGAAGAGGCACUUGGUAAACGAGGACUGAGCACACGAGUCGCGGUCACUCAACCUCCUACUCUCCAUAGAGUUGACUAUGUGGAUGGUCCAGCUGCGAGUAUUGGCAACACCCAGGAAGAGGACUCGUCAUAUCCUGUGGAACGGGACCAGCCAGGGAGAGAAGAGUCAUCGCAGCCGACCACUAAAGUUACCGAGUCUCAAGAGCAAGAGCGACAGCAAUCCGGUCCGACGCAACGAUCACCAGCCUCGGCUCGGAAAUCCAAGAAGAAAGGUCCUCAACCGCGGAAAAUGAAUCCAGACCACGCGUACAUCAUACUUCUCGACUCGAUGGGGGUGACUUCGCGACCGAAAACCACGAGGAACAUCAAAGAUUACCUUCAUCACGAAGCAGAUGCGAAGCUCGGCAUUGAUCUCGAUGACCAGCGUCUACAAGGUAUCAAUGCCAAACAGCUUCCGCGACAAGACAACUGGUACGAUUGCGGCGCCUUUCUCCUGUUCUACUUUAGCCUCUUUAUGAAAGAGCCGCGUGCAUAUGUCACCAAAAUCAUCACCAACGAAACGGAUCUACCUAAGUGGUGGUUCAAGAUCGAUGCGGAUCAGAUGCGGAACACCAUCCGGGAUAUUGUCCUGGAAAUUGGGGAUUUGCAAGAGGCUCGCCGGAAAGAGGUGAAACUGUUGAAGAAAGCCGGGAAAAUGUGUUCGCUCAACCAGGAUGGAGAGAAAGGUUGCCAUGCGGACCAACCUUCCAGUCCCAAGAAUCCCCUCCAAGGAGGAGGGGCCACGGAUAGGAGUUCACCCCCGAAGGAGCCGCCUCCCCCGUUAGAGCCAGCGCAUCAUAGUUGUCAGCAUCCAAACGAGAUACCUACCGCUCAUUCAAACAGCGCGCAUGAUACCCAAAAUCUGUCGCUAGAUCACGGUCCCCCAAUCGAAAAGCACUCUCCUCCUCUCCACCAUGCCGCGGACCAGGAAUCUCCCGAUAAAUCGUUUGUCCCCGAGACCUCACCAGAGGAAUUAGAGCAUGACGACCAUCCGGAUUUGACCAUGCAGCCUCAAAUCCCGCGUCUUCCAUCUCUCGUGGCUGCAACCUCACCGUCAGCGGGCGUGCAUGAUCUCUCAACCGGCGAGAAUGGCGUACCGGUACGGAUCCACGACAGCAGCGAACCCAGGAUUCGGAACACGGGGUCUGUCAAGUUGGCGAAUGACGCUGUGAUCAAAGAGGCCUCGCCCCCACCAUUGGCGUCUCCUGGGCUUGCAAAUCUGAUGGGGACAGAUCCACAGGGGCCGGCAUCCAAUGAGAAUCACGACACGGAAAUGAUGGACUGGUUGGGUAUUGGCACUGAGCAGCAGUCCCAAGGUGCGCCUGGUCCGGCUGACGUGCUUGAGCCCAUGUCCUUGGACGGUAAAGAUGAGGAUACUGAGAUGGUGGAUCAGGACGAGAGUACUGUUGACUUGUUGCCGUAUGAUGGGUCUAUUAAUGGUGCUCCAGUAGUAUGACGAGUAGCGAGUACCGCUAGUUAUGUCCAAAUGAAACAGACGGAGAAGUCAGUCGCUUGGAUGCUCUGCAUUC